AGCCAGGAUGGUCUCGAUCUCCUGACCUCAUGAUCCACCUGCCUCGUCCUCCCAAAGUGCUGGGAUUACAGGCGUGAGCCACCGCGCCCUGCCCACUCUCUACUGAUCCCUAAUCAUCCAGUUUUAUGAUCUGUUCUGUUUUGAGCAUUUGGUGUCCUUAAGGGGGCUGUGUCACACCUAGAGAAAUCCCCACCUCUGCCACUGCAGAAUAAGUCACGCUUUCUUCCUCAAACUUGGCGAACAUGGAGAGAGCUGGUCCCCAAAGAGGAGGAUGUGGUGAGCCCCGGGGAGGAAACGGUGGAGGCCCUGCUGGGCCUGGUCCGCAGCCCCCACUCCCCCUGGGCUCUGCUGAACGACUCGAAUGCUGAAGACAGUUUCCUGAGAGAACUGGCCAUCCGGAACCCGCUGAUGAUCACAGACACCUUCUUCUACUCCUACUUCCGGUCCCUGCGGGUGGUAGACAAGGAGGUCACCCUGGUGGAUAAAGACCUCCUGAAAUUUCUAAAGCUGGAGGAGUUGGUACUGAGCGCCAAUCGAAUCAAGGAGGUGGAUGCCACCAAUCUGCCCCCCACACUCAAGGUGCUGGAGCUCUACGGCAAUGAGAUCAGCAGCAUGGAGUGUCUGUGCGCCCACCCGCCCGCCGGCCUGCAGCACCUGGGGUUAGGCCACAACAAGCUUCUAGGCCCCUUGGAAAGUCUCUACGUCACCGCUGAUCACUGGCCCAACCUCGUCUCCCUGGACCUGGGCUUCAAUGACCUGACAGACCUGCAGAGCAUGGUUGCCAGCCUGAGGACCCUCCGGCACCUGCGACUCCUGGUGCUACAGGGAAACCCACUGGCCUUGGUGCCUUACUACCGCGGCCUCACCAUCGACAGCCUGGCCCAGCUCUGCGUGCUGGACGACAUCACCGUGUCUCCCAACGAGAAGCAUCUCUUCCGGGGGCUCAGCCUCAAUGGCGAUCUCUUGGCACAGGAGGCGCAGUUCGUGGUGACCAUCGGAAACAUCAGAGGAGUCCUGGACACCUCUGUUCUAGACCCAGAACCCGGGCCCGAGGGCCCUUUUGUCGCUUAUAGCUAUUAUGUGACGUACGAUUUUGUGAGAGACGAAGAAGGUGAAGCGGAUGAGGACACAGGCGAGCUGGCUGAGAUCAUCAAGCCCUCUCCCAGCUCAGAAUUAUUAGUUGAGGAAUCUCCUGAAGAGGUCGGCGAAGAUGUCAUCAAAGACAUUGUUGGAGGGGUCACUGAAGAGGUCGAAGGAUCUCUGGAGUCUGAGGUGGAGGAGUCAGGAGAGUCGGAGCUGUCUGUCAUCUCGGGGCCUUCGACCGUCUUGCAGACGCCAAGGGCCUCUGCAGAAGAGCUGGCCAAGUUGCGGCUGCAUAUAGAUCCCCGGCUCUGCCCAUCCCCAGGGACUGUCCUCUUCAACACCACCCACAAGCCCUGGGCUGAGGUCAUCCCGUGCGGCUACGAGAUGCAGCACUCUCUCAGGGACCUGGUGCCACUGAAGGCCUUCCUGCUGGCGGGGACCACUGUGACCAUCGUGGAGGAGAAGGUGGGCAGGUGGAGUCAGCGCCCGCCAUCCACAGGCUGCACUUCUGCCCCGUUCCUGUUCUCAUCGGGCCGUCCCCCAUGGGAGCCCCGCUCCCUGAUUCUCUCCUGGCCUGUGGUGCUACCUGCUGUUGACAGUCCCCUGUCUGCCAAGAGAGGAAAGGCAGAGAAGGACAAGAAAGGGAAGGAGAAAGACAGGAAGGGGCAAGGAGAGAAAGAGCCGGCCAAGCAGGAGUGGAAGGUGCCGAAGAAGAAGAAAGAGCUGCCCAAGGAGCUCCGGCAGGACCCCCCCAUCCUCCAGGUGCUGGGCCGGAGCCUGGUGAUCCUGGAGCCCCUGCUUGCCGGGGAGCCCCUGGUGUCCACCGUGUGCAACUUCGGCAUGGUCCGCACCUUGACAUCGGACAGGCUGACACUGGCCAGGGAUUCAAAGAAGAUUAAGAAAGUUGCCAAAAAAGAAAAGCCAAAAGCCGUGAAUCCGAUCUACGAAAGCGAUUACCGCCCCGAGCCCCUGACGGUAGAGGUGCAGAUCCAGCUGAACCAGUGCCGCUCGGCGGAGGAGGCUCUGCGCAUGUUCGCCGUGUAGGGCGUGGGCAAUAAAGGCUGUUCCCAGGA